GCAUGAGGGUCAGGAGACAUAAAAGAGAAGUAAGUGACUUCUUCAAGCAGGAAGCCAAUUCAUCUUCUGCCCUCUAGACCUUUGAUCCCGUGUCAGCCUCUGAUACUGGAGAUUUCACUUGUGAGGCACAGAAUGGCUAUGAGUCACCCAUGAGGUCGGACGUUGUGCACAUGGAUGCUGUGGAGCUCAAUGUCGGGGGCAUCGUGGCAGCUGUCCUUGUAACACUCAUUCUCCUGGGAGCCUUGAUUUUUGGCAUCUGGUUCACCUAUAGCCGAGGCUACUUCGACAGAGCAAAGAAAGGGACCUCCAGUAAGAAGGUCAUUUACAGCCAGCCCAGUGCUCGAAGUGAAGGGGAGUUCAGGCAGACCUCGUCCUUCUUGGUGUGACCCUGGUCCGGCUUCUCUCCUGUCCUCAGUGCUUGCCUUACUCAGGUGCUACCAGACUCUGGCCCCUGAUGUCUAUAGUUUCACAGGAUGCCUUAUUUGUCUUUGAACCCCAUCAGGGGCCCCCACUUUUAUCUUAGGUUGUGUUUUGUAAUAAUUUCAGCCAUGUGCACCUUCCUGCCUCCCUUCCUUUCCCACCACUGCUGAGUGGCCUGGGACUUGUUUAAAGCCUUCUUGUCCCAGCCCUACAAGGGAUCAGAGAGAAGUCCUGACUGAUGCCUGCUGACCACAAGUAGACCACAAGAGCAGUGGGGUCUUCACUGCCCCCUGCAUGUAGUGGUUCUCAGAUGGGGCUCUGGAGCCUGGCUUCUUGACUCUUCCCUGCCAUGCUGAGGACGGGUAACAGCUGUCCUAGAGUCGGGGCUGGAGACUGGGAGCAGCUGAAAUGGUUGUUUGGAAACAAGGUCAAGUUCUUCCACCUCUGCAGCCCACUUCCUUCUGUCUUCCAUGGGAAGUGCCGCUGGGA